UUGGUUGCUUCUGUCAGCUAGGACGAGAGGAGAGCAAACUCUGCAGAGUAGCAUUUUCUGCAGCCAUGCCAGAACCCACUAAGAAAGAAGAAAAUGAAGUGGCAACUCCAGCCCCGCCCCCAGAAGAACCAAAUAAAGAGAAGGAGGCUGGAACUGGACAAGGAAAAGAAUUGUCUCCAGGUGAAUCACCGGGCACAGAGAACCAAGACAAACAAAAUACCAACUCCACCUUGUUCGUGGAAAAGCCGCAAACAGGAACAGUGACUGUUGGUGGAAAUAUCACCUUUAUAGCCCGAGUCCAGGCUGAAGACCUUCUUAGAAAACCCACCAUCAAAUGGUUCAAAGGCAAAUGGAUGGACCUGGCCAGCAAAGCUGGGAAGCACCUUCAGCUGAAAGAAAGCUUCGAAAGGCAGACUCGGGUGUACACAUUUGAGAUGCAGAUCAUCAAGGCCAAAGAGAACUACGCAGGAAACUACAGAUGUGAGGUCACCUAUAAGGAUAAGUUUGACAGCUGCUCAUUUGAUCUUGAAGUACAUGAACCUACUGGAACUACACCAAACAUUGACAUCAGAUCUGCUUUCAAGAGAAGUGGAGAAGGUCAAGAGGAUGCAGGAGAACUUGACUUUAGUGGUCUCCUGAAACGUAGGGAGGUGAAGCAGCAGGAGGAGGAACCCGAGAUAGACGUGUGGGAGCUGCUGAAAAAUGCCAACCCCAACGAGUACGAGAAGAUCGCCUUCCAGUACGGCAUCACCGACCUGCGCGGGAUGCUCAAGCGGCUCAAGCGCAUGCGCAGGGUGGAAAAGAAGAGCGCAGCUUUUUCAAAAAUCCUUGAUCCUGCGUACCAGAUUGACAAAGGAGGCAAAGUUAGGUUUGUUGUGGAACUGGAAGAUCCAAAGCUGGAGGUGAAAUGGUUUAAAAAUGGCCAAGAAAUUCGACCCAGUACAAAGUACAUAUUUGAACAUAAAGGAAACCAAAGAAUUAUGUUUAUCAAUAACUGUCAGCUGACAGAUGAUUCGGAGUAUUAUGUGACAGCGGGUGAUGAGAAGUGUUCCACCGAGCUCUUUGUGAGAGAGCCUCCAAUUAUGGUGACCAAACAGCUGGAAGAUUUAAAUGCUUACUGUGGGGAGAGAGUGGAAUUAGAAUGUGAGGUAUCUGAAGAUGAUGCCAAUGUCAAAUGGUUCAAGAAUGGUGAAGAGAUUUUCCCUGGUCCACAAUCAAGAUACAAGGUUAGAGUGGAGGGCAAAAAGCACUUUUUGGUCAUUGAAGGAGCCACAAAGGCUGACACAGCAGAAUAUUCUGUAAUGACAACAGGAGGACAAUCAUCUGCUAAACUCAGUGUUGACUUGAGACCUCUAAAGAUAUUGACGCCUUUAACUGAUCAGACAGUAAAUCUUGGAAAAGAAGUCUGCUUAAAAUGUGAAAUCUCUGAAACUAUCCCCGGAAAAUGGACUAAAAAUGGCCUACCUGUUCAGGAGAGUGAACGUGUAAAGGUUGUUCACAAGGGCAGAAUUCACAAAUUAGUGAUAGCCAAUGCACUUAUGGAAGAUGAAGGUGAAUAUAUAUUUUCACCAGACGCUUACACUGAAACUUUGUCUGCCAAAGUUCAUGUUAUUGAUCCUCCUAAGAUCAUCCUGGACGGUCUCGAUGCUGACAACACCGUGACAGUAAUUGCAGGAAACAAGCUUCGCCUUGAGAUUCCUGUCACUGGAGAACCACCUCCCAAAGCCAUCUGGAGCCGAGCAGAUAAGGCUAUUAUGGAGGGCAGCGGCCGGAUGAGAGCAGAAACUUACCCGGACAGCAGCACUCUGGUUAUCGAUGUGGCUGAGAAGGAUGAUUCUGGUGUUUACCAUAUCAAUCUGAAAAAUGAGGCUGGAGAAGCACACGCCAGCAUCCGGAUUAAGGUUGUGGACAUCCCUGAUCCUCCAGUGGCUCCAAAUGUGUCUGACGUGGGCGAUGAUUGGUGCAUCAUGAACUGGGAGCCUCCAGUCUAUGAUGGGGGGUCUCCAAUCUUAGGUUACUUCAUUGAGAGGAAAAAGAAGCAGAGCUCCAGGUGGAUGCGGUUAAAUUUCGAUCUCUGCAAAGAAACAACUUUUGAGCCCAAGAAGAUGAUCGAGGGCGUAGCCUACGAAGUGCGUGUGUUUGCGGUGAACGCCAUUGGCAUCUCCAAGCCCAGCAUGCCCUCCAAGCCAUUCGUGCCUAUCGCUGUGACCAGCCCUCCCACUCUUCUGGCUGUUGACUCUGUCACCGACAACACGGUCACCAUGAAGUGGCGGCCCCCAGACCAGAUCGGCGCGGCAGGUUUAGAUGGCUAUGUGCUAGAGUAUUGCUUUGAAGGAACUGAGGAUUGGAAAGCAGCAAACACAGAUCUGAUCGACAAGACCAAGUUCACAAUCACAGGUCUGCCAACGGAUGCCAAGAUCUUCGUGCGCGUGAAGGCUGUGAAUGCCGCGGGUGAAAGCGAGCCCAAGUACUACUCUCAGCCCAUCCUGGUGAAGGAAAUCAUUGAACCUCCGAAGAUUCGCAUCCCGAGGCACCUGAAGCAAACUUACAUUCGCAGAGUUGGAGAAGCUGUCAACCUGGUGAUACCUUUCCAGGGAAAACCAAGACCAGAAUUAACUUGGAAAAAAGAUGGUCAAGAAAUUGAUAAGAAUCAAAUAAACAUUCGCAACUCUGAGACAGAUACAAUCAUCUUUAUCAGAAAAGCAGAGAGGACCCACUCUGGGAAAUACGAUCUUGAAGUUAAAGUGGAUAAAUAUGUGGAAAGCGCCUCCAUUGAUAUUCAGAUCGUUGACCGCCCGGGCCCUCCCCAAGUUGUGAAGAUCGAUGAUGUGUGGGGAGAGAACGUUGCUCUCUCAUGGACGCCACCCAAAGACGAUGGAAAUGCUGCCAUAACAGGAUACACCAUUCAGAAGGCCGACAAGAAGAGCAUGGAAUGGUUCACCGUCAUUGAGCAUUAUCACCGAACCAAUGCCACCAUUACUGAACUGGUCAUCGGAAAUGAAUAUUACUUCCGGGUCUUUGCUGAAAAUAUGUGUGGCCUCAGUGAGGAUGCAACAAGAACUAAAGAGAGUGCUGUGAUCGCCAAGGAUGGGAAAGUCUACAAAAAUCCAGUGUAUGAAGACUUCAACUUCACAGAAGCUCCCAUGUUUACUCAGCCUCUGGUGAACACCUACGCAAUAGCAGGUUACAAUGCAACUCUCAACUGCAGCGUGAGAGGGAAUCCCAAGCCCAAAAUAACCUGGAUGAAAAACAAAGUUGCCAUCGUGGACGACCCAAGAUACAGAAUGUUUAGCAACCAAGGAGUCUGUACUCUGGAGAUUCGCAAGCCCAGCCCCUACGACGGAGGCACGUACUGCUGCAAGGCAGUCAAUGAGCUGGGAACAGUGGAGAUCGAAUGCAAGCUGGAGGUGAAAGUGAUAUAUCAAGGCGUAAAUACCCCUGGACAACCAGUCUCCCUGGAGGGGCAGCAACAGUCGUAGCACAAUAAGGAUGUUUGAAUGUGUAUUACCCUCCAAGGUGGUCUUUCUUUCUGCAGGCUCCUCCUGCAAGGUGUGCCUCCUAACAUAAUCGAUUCCUAUUUGCGAGACUUGCAAUCAAGCAAUCCUGAGGAAGUCUAAGGAACCGUCCACGCCCGCAUGCUUCUCCGCUGCUUUAAAAUCGAGUUGCAAGGAGAAAGCUUUUCCUGUCUUUCCACCAGACACCCAAGUGUGGUCGUUUUCUUUCCUCCUAAUGUUGAAGAAAAAAAAAUUAAA